GUGGCGGCGUUCGAUGUCCCUUGGACGUCCUGUGGAGUAAGUCUUAGUAGAAAGAACGGAACGUGCGCUCAAACGAGUUGAGUCAGACCGCAACAUAGCGGCUUCGUAUGAGAGCAUGCCUAGAGAUUCUCUAUGUAGCACAAAGAUCAACAUAAUGUGUCGAGUCAAAACAGUGUUGCUCAAUAGCCCAAGGUGACCACGGAUAAGCAAGACCAUCCUGCUCGGGAUCAAAACUGAAAAUUGAAAUACACAACGCACCGCAAAUCUGCUUCAGAUCCGUGCAUCAGGAAGGCCGUGUUCAAUAUCAAUUAUCUGGCAGGUCGAUCAGACACCGUUAAGGAACGGAUAACGCAGCCGCACGAGGGAUAGCAAGGACCGAGGAGGUCGUUAUCUCUGCGUCUCAUGACGCUAUGCAGACAAUCGAUUUCGAUUCUCGAAGGCACCGAGGACGUGAAUGCUUGUGCACGAUAGCGAAGCGUCCUGGCGACCGACGUGUAUAUCGUCUGAAUCAACAACGAACACUCCUCCCAACAAACCUAACCAAGGCGGAGCACCAACCCCUAUCAUUUGCCAUCCACCUUACCACCACCCACCACUCCGCACACGCGAUGGCCGACCCAACCUGGCGCCUCGAAACCCCCCGCCUCUUCAUCACUCACUUCCUCCCCUCCAACGACGCCCACGCCGCCUUCCUCUUCAAUCUCUACAACUCACCCAUCUUCAUCGCCGCCGAAGGCAAAACCGGCAUCGACACCCUCGAGAAAGCGCACAAAGUCCUCAUCGCAUUCUCCGAGCGUCAGGCCAAAUACGGUUUCGGACAAUACGUCAUCUGGCUCAAAUCUCACUCCGCUGAAUCCUCUUCUCCGUCCGAACUCUCGUCGAGUUUUGAGGAUGCGAAGCCGAUAGGAAACGUUUCGUUGAUGAUGGGGCAUUAUAAAGUCCCCGACGUAGGGUUCGCGAUUCUGGAAGAGGAGAAUGGGAAAGGGUAUGCGACGGAGGCGGGGAAAGAGAUUAUUAGGCAUGCGUUGGAGGACUUGAAGCUUGACGGUGUCCUUGGAUUCACGAGUGUGAGGAAUGCGAAGAGUAAGAAGGUGUUGGGGAAGGUUGGGUUGGAGGAGAGGGGGGUGAGGAAGCUUGUCGCGUUUGGGGGCCAUGAGAGCUUCGUGUUUGCGUUGCCGGGAAUGGGGGACUUAAAGGAGUAUGGGAUCGAUGAUUGAUUGGGUGUCGGGGUGAAAAGCGGCGGAGCGGGAAUAGAAGGCAUGGACGAAGCGUAUAAGAUAGGCAUAUGGAUACAUACACCGUUUCGGAGCAGCGUUAGGACUCUUCCUCCUUCUCGAAUACCAUCUCCUUCUCCGUAUAACCAUACUCCUUCAUCCCGUCCGGUCCCUUACCCAUUCCGUCCGAACAGUACACCGCAUCGACCCUGCCUUCAAACCUCCUCAACUUCAUCUCUCCCCAAAACUUCAACCCACACUUCUCCAUGGUCUUCCUGCUCCCUAUGUUCCCCGGCCUGGUAUACCCAGUAAACUGCGUCACUCCGUGCUCCUUCCGUGCGUACUCCAUGAGUGCGGUGGCGGCCUCAGAAGCGUAGCCUUUGCCAUGUUCGGAGGGGGUGAUGGCAAAGCCGAUGUCGGGGACAGAGUAAAAGCCUUCCCGAAGGAGGAGAGAGACCGCACCGAUAGGUGUAGCGUUCGAGAGAUAGAAGGACGAGGAGUUGUCUGGUUUCAGUGAUAUGAGGUAUUGGCCAUAUCCGAUCUUCUCGUGGGUGUUGACGAAUGCUUGAAUCCUUCCUCGUGCAAGAUCGCGAGUCGUCAUGCCGGUAUCGCCAACGGCAGCGAUGAAGG